ACAUUCAUAGAACGUGGAUAAGGAAAAUUGCAUUUGGACGGCUAGAAAGGGCUCUGAAUUGUGGUGACCUAAGUUUUAAGCCCCUUCCAGGUUCAUGGAUGCCAUAUUUAAGCCUUGAAGGAACAUCUACUCCAUGCUAUUUCAAUCCCUAUGCAACUUUGCGUAUAAAUGCAGCGGUGUCGAUUCCCCAUCCUCCAAUUACCAUUGCACGCUUCAUUUAGUAGGAAGAAAUCCCAGCCCUUUUAAGCUAAAGGCAAAUGAAUUGAGGGCAUUAUAGUCAUCUAGUGUUAACCCGGAAGACAGUCCAAUGUCAUCUUUCCUCUUUGGGUUGCUUAGCCCACAUGUUAUACUCUUAAUGGCAUAAAAAUUUUCCUUAUAUUCCAAUAGCAUGGUGACACUGGGAAGAAGGGAACCUUUUGAGAGAUAGCCAAUGGAAGAACUAAUUGAUUUGGUAGGGAAAGCAUUUGUGGAUCAUUACUACCAUCUUUUCGAUAAUGAUCGGCCAGCACUGUCUUCACUCUACCAGCCUUCCUCCAUGUUGACGUUUGAGGGCCAGAAGAUACAAAGUAUUGAGGACAUCACUGCUAAGCUUAACCAGUUGCCAUUUGAUCAAUGCCUACAUGUCAUCAGCACCAUUGAUUCGCAACCUUCUUCUUUCACUGGUGGCAUUGUUGUCUUCGUCAGUGGCAGCCUCCAGUUGCCUGGAGAGGAGCACCAUUUAUGGUUCAGCCAGAUGUUUCAUUUAAUCCCUUUGCUUGAAGGACACUUCUUCGUGCAGAAUGACAUAUUCCGUCUUAAUUAUGGUUGAAUUUUUUUCCAUUCAAUCAUUAUCAUUUGUGUUGUAAUUGAUUUGUUGAAUAAAAAGAAAACCAAGUUACUAUGCCUCGCAAUUCGUUCAUUCCCCUUUAUA